AGGUGGCGGAGGGAGCACAAGUCGUUCUUUGCCGAUCGCCAAUAAACCUCAAAGAAGAAGAAGAAGAAGAAGCUUUUGUAUUUCUGCUUAGCAAAAAUGGCUCAAGGAUCAAAAAAGUUUAAAGCUCAGCGGCCAGGAGCCUCCAAGAAAUCCCAACAACACAAACAGAAAGGACCGAAGAAAGGAGGGAGGGUCAUUGCGCCUAAGAAGACUCAAGUUGUUGAGCAACAGAAGCUGAAGAAGGGUUUAGAGGUCGCCAUCAGGAACAAGAUUGAGCAGGAGGUGACCCACAAGGCAAGCUUAUCCCUCCACAAGUCACUGAGUGUGGUCAAAGGGGCUGAACGUAAAGACAGGCCGGGAGAAGCCCGUCCAGGAACCAGCUCCAAAUAACACCUGAUGCACACCUGCACACCUUCAGGCCUGAGGCUGGAUGUGCUGAAUUUAAGGGCUUACUCAGUGAGCCUCACUGACCUCAUGACUCAGUUUUAAGAGUCAUGCCAGCUCCCCAGUUGUUUUUAUUCCUGAUGUUUUAGCUGACGUCAGCAUGUUGAUAUAGCUAAAACCUUUCUUGUAUAUGUACCAAUUUCAGUUUUUCAAUGAAAAGGGAUCUGUAUAUGUUAAAUGAACAGACAUUCUGGAUGUGAUUUGUAGAUGGGCCUUUGUAAUAACAUAAACCUCUAUUGACCCUC